CCCCCAGAGAACGGUUGGUGACCCGGAAGUGACCUUUCCUCCCGGAAGUCCGGCUCUCCCUGUCAGCAGGGACUGGGGUGAUGGCUUCCGAGCCCCGCCGAGCGCAGCUCCAGUUUCUCCGACCUGGCCGUUGAGCUGGGGCGACCGUUGCCCGUCUGCCUGCCGUAGGCCCAGGGGAAGAAACCGUAGCCCAGAAUGGCGGAGCUGGUGGCCGGAGAAGGGCCGCCGCGGGGCCGCACUCCCAGCCCGCUGCCGGGGCCGCCCAGCCCUCGUCCAGCCGCGACGCCCGCUUGCCCGCCGCGCAGCCCGGAGCCGCCGGCGCCUGAGAGAGCCGGGUCGGGGGGCGGCGGGAGCAGCAGCAGCAGCGGGGGCUCCAAGUGGGUCCGGCUCAACGUGGGCGGCACCUACUUCGUGAGCACCCGCCAGACUCUCUGCCGAGAGCCCAAGUCCUUCCUCUGCCGCCUCUGCUGCCAGGAGGGGCCCGAACUGGGCUCCGACAAGGUGAGUCCGGUGGGUCCAUGUGGAGUGGCAGCGCUGACCUCUUCCUUCCUUAACCGCCCGGCCCCUCCUGGGGCGCUUUCCUAGAACGACGGCAUGUUCUCCGCACCCCGGUAGCCCUCAUACCCUCCGUCUCGUCUCCUUCCCGCUGCGAUCACUGGAAUAAUAGGCUUGUUUCCACGCAUUUAAGCCUCUUUCACCCAAUGCAUUUAAAGCAUUCCCCCCCACCCUAAUCCUGGGAACUAGAGGUUACCCCUCACAGAGCUACGGUUCUCAGCACCCCUAGCAAGCCACAGUCCCCAGGAUACUUUGCAGGGUGUGUUUUUGCAGGCAUCAAAGCUAACCAAAGCCUUGAUGGGAACUGCUCAGCAAAAAAAGAAAGGGGCAUUGCUCCCGUUGCAUGUGGCAGUGGGGUGCCUGCCCACUUCAGUGACAGUUUAUAGCCCCUCUAGUGGUUUCUGUGUUUACCCGACACUUCCCUGUAAGUAGUAAUUUCAAUAUAUUAACUAUGCAGUCAUUACACAGGUGCUGUACUCUUAUUCAUCAGUAGUGUGGCCUCUGCUUCUGUUUUAGGGAAAUAAGAAAACUGAAAAGCUUUAAUCUUGUGUGCAAAGUGAAAAUACUUGUGAAUAGGGUGGUUUCUUUCAGCAGAUAAUUGCUGAGAGUGUUUAAAUACUGUGGAAGAUUCUGAGCGCUCUGUAAAAGACAUUAUUUUAGAAUAGAACAAAAGCCAUUUCCCAGAAUAAUUAAAUCAUAGUGAGAAUGGGUAAGCUCUGUUUCUUAUUUAUAGCUUCCUUGGUGAUCUUAAACAAACAAACAAAACAUCUGAGCACGUAGUCAAAGGAAUUGAUUGCACUGCACCACUUGUGUUCAGCAGAAUCUUUUUUUCUUUUCUUUUUUAUCCUUACUAAAGAGUGAUCUGAGUUGAUGUUUGCUUGACACAUAAUAGAAGUCAGUUUGGAUUAGACUGACAGUUUAGAUUGGCAAAAGUAUUUCUUUAGAAUUCAGUUGCAAGAGUUAGGGUUGUGCUCAUUUUUGUUUUUGCUGCUUGUCAUUGUCAUAUCAUGACAAUUCAGGAGCCGAUCUCACUAAUUUUUAGGAGAAUGUCGCUGAUAGAUGCAAGAACAGUUUAUUUCAAGUAAAUAAGCAUAUGAUUAAGUGAUUAGGUGGAAUUGCCUUAUGUAGGUGGUACCCUACCUUUUUUAAUUAUAUCAUGGUGUCAUCUUACAGUAAAGGUAGGCAUAAAAAGCUUUUGACGCCAGAGUUUAGAAACCUGCCAGCACUGUUUUCCCAUCCACCUCCACUACUUCAGCAGAAGAUGCCCAUAGUCUCCACCAUAACCAUGACAACAUGUUAAAUCUAACUUCUGUCUUUUGUGGAUGAUUCAACUAGUUUAAAAGAGCCCACUGGUUUUCCUGAGAAGUGUAAUUCUUUAUAGAGGACCAAAUUCUCAACCUUUGUAAGACUAGUCCCCCCCCCCAGCCAAAUGUCUUCAUUCCAUUGAAUUGUCCAUUUUAGCAUCAGAAUCUGACACUGGUGUAUCUCUAACAGGAUGAAACGGGGGCAUAUCUCAUUGAUAGGGAUCCCACAUAUUUUGGUCCAAUCCUGAACUACCUCCGGCAUGGAAAACUCAUAAUAAACAAGGAAUUGGCAGAAGAAGGUAAGAAAUGGAGAUUGCGGUGCUUUGUCUGACUUGGGCAAGGUAAAAAUCAAUCUAUAUCCUUGAAAACCAGAGGGAAGCUUAAUGGAUGUUGGCCACAUUUCAGCCCAGAGCUAGUGCACUUAAGCCCAUUGAAAUCCAUGGUCUUGAGUGCAUUGACUCCUGUGACUGAGCGAGGCCUUGGUCAGCAUCUUUCUGUGUCAUAAGAUUGUGGUUUAUUUUAGAUUGACCUAAGGAGGAGGUGUACAAAACCAGAUUUAUUCAUGGAGGCACAUUAUUCUGAUGCAACUAUCUCAUACAAGGCAUUCUGUUAAUAAACAUCAGUGGCAUUUUGUAUUAACUUGUUGUUUUUCAUUGAAGUGUGGUCUGCAAAAGCAAGCUCCUUUUUGUGAAGAGCUUCAAAUGGAGGGAACACAUCUUCAUGAAUCCCCAAGUUCUAGUUUUCUGCUCUUAAUGAAAUAGAAGUGUUUGCAGCUGUUUGUGGUCACCUUUUUUUUUUAAUUUUUGCCUUUGUUUUUGCUCUUGCAAAUUGAGAUUCUGGUAAUAUAACGUUUGUUGAUCUGCAGAUUAAUUAUUUAGGUUAAAAUAUAUACAGUAUGCAAAAAAAUAAUUCUGCAGUGUCAUAGGCUUCAGUAAUCUGCGCAGAAGACUUUGGGGUUAGCACAAUAUUGCUUCUAGCAUUCUUCCCUUUUUAAGGCUAACAAUCUUCCUAACUGCACCCCCCUUCUCAUUCCUAGGUGUGCUGGAAGAAGCUGAGUUUUACAACAUUGCAUCUCUAGUGCGGCUGGUGAAGGAGCGAAUACGGGACAAUGAAAGCAGAACUUCUCAAGUAAUGCAUAUUAAAGAAAAUAGAAGGGGGGAUUUUUGUAACUGGAAUCAAGGGCAAAUCUGUGCUUAGCCUUCCCUUAUUUGUGGUUGUGGUCAACUGCUACUCUCUCCCUGUGACAUACACUUUGGAGAAGGGGGCUGGGUUUCUUUGCUGCUAUGAUGGGCUUUUGCAGAAAAUCCAAGCAGCGCUUCAGUGCUGUUUCAGUCUGCAAAAGCCCAGCAAGAAGGAAAAGAAGCCACACAUCCUUUCUUGUACCAAGUUCUUGAUGGAGGAAAGGAGAGGUGUCUUCUCUUCCUUGUGCUGGGCUUUUGCCAGAGGUGCCAACAAGAACCUCACUGCUCCCGCUGGACCUUUGCAGGAGCUGACAGAAAGGGAGGCAAAGCAGCUCUUCGCUCACCCAAAUCCUUCAUGAACUGCUGGGAAAUGAGGGGGAAGGGACAGCAAAGAAUGCUCCCUUGUUUGUCGCAAUAUUUAUUUAUUUAUUCAUUUAUUUAUAUCUAAUGGAUUUGUAUCCUGCUUUUUGGGAGAACCUCCUCACAAACUGGCAAGUGUCAGGUAGAACAAUACAAGCACAGUUUAAAGCUUUUUGUUUUGCAGCAACUCAAACAAUCCAGUCAGCACAGCUGUAAAACACAAUAUGAACAUUAAUUGCCUGCAUACAAAUCACUUCAUAAAAGCAGCAGAGAACAGAUGUGAAUUCAAAACCUGUUUGAAAAUUUGUAGGGGUGUGGUUUACAUGCUGAGUGGGAUACAUGCCAGGUUAAAAAUGCUGAAGAGAAGGGCAGUCUGGGUCAUUUUCCUAUCAUUCCCAGAGGCACUAUAUUACUGUACUUACACUUGAGUCCUUUGUAGCAGUCUGUUGCCAUGAUGCCUUUAUCCCAUCCCAAUAUGCACCAGUGUUUGAUGCAAUGGACGCGGGUGGCACUGUGGGUUAAACCACGGAGCCUAGGACUUGCCGAUCAGAAGGUCGGCGGUUCAAAUCCCCCCGACGGGGUGAGCUCCCGUUGCUCGGUCCCUGCUCCUGCCAACCUAGCAGUUCGAAAGCACGUCAAAGUGCAAGUAGAUAAAUAGGUACCGCUCCAGCGGGAAGGUAAACGGUGUUUCUGUGCGCUGCUCUGGUUCGCCAGAAGCGGCUUAGUUAUGCUGGCCACAUGACCCAGAAGCUGUACGCCGGCUCCCUCGGCCAAUAAAGCGAGAUGAGCGCCGCAACCCCAGAGUCAGUCACGACUGGACCUAACGGUCAGGGGUCCCUUUACCCUUUACCUUUAUCCUGGCUGUCUCCAUACCUACACUUCUAUACACCUACCUCCCCGGGGUUAUUUCUGGCUCUCAGAUUUUCAGCAAAACUUGCCACAUGUCUUUUUUGAUGGUUGGGAAAAGCAUGAAAUGUCCUUUUGAAACAUUUCUAGUGGUGUGUGUUCUCAGGAAUCAGCAAGGGCCUGUGACACACUAAUUUCCUUGAAGCUAAGCCUCUUUAAACAAGCUACCACUACUUGGCAAAGCCACAAUGUUAAUUUCUAACUUAUUGUUUGGUUCCCCUUUGUGUCCCAGGGACCUGUCAAGCAUGUUUACAGAGUCUUGCAGUGCCAAGAGGAAGAGCUCACCCAGAUGGUGUCCACUAUGUCUGAUGGAUGGAAAUUUGAACAGGUAUCCAGUGCUAAAGAAUACUUCCCUAUCCGGAAGAAGGGGCCCAAUUCACAAGGCUUAUAAAAUGGCUAAUCUUCCCCCUCUAUUAUUUGUUAUUGAUAGGAAGGGGCUGUCAACAGCUUAGUGAAUAAUGAAUGCUUUAGUGGGUUCUCCUUUCACCUUUUCAGAAUCUAGAGAAUAUGGGAAUUCUCAUGGAACAUAAAUUGUACCUAGUCUGCUGUUGCCUGGAGAGAAGUCUGAUCACUGAGCCUCUAACAGAUAAUUGCUGAUUAUCUUCUAGGGAAGUCUGAUUACAAGCCUCUGCCCAUUACCAUUCCUCACUCUUCACUUUUGUUGAUAAAUGCUGUCAAGCCUUGAAACUGUUGACUGAUGCUAAUCUUGCACUCAUAAAUAAGUGCACAACUUGCUGGGCCCAGUCUUUUCCUAUGAGAGACUGUGGCAGAAUGUGCUUUGACUAAUGCUUCCAAUCUUGUUAGGUUACUGGUUUUUUAUUUACUUCUGGUUUUAUGCAUUAUGGUCAGUUCAAUUUCCUCUUAAUGAGGAGGAAUUCUUUUUUAUUAUAUUGAACCAUCAUUAGGGGGCUCUGUAGGACUUCAGUUCUUUUGCCUAAGAAAAUGCAUUGUUUGGGGUAUUUAUGGAUGGCAGCUUCCCACAAUCCUGAUUUGGGGUACUGUAGAGCUUCACUUCCAAGUAUGAAAGUCAUCGUACUCAUGAGCUGGUGACUAUCAUUUUUUCCCAUCUUGGACGCUCAUUUGUUCAACUCAAGUAAUCCUUAUAGGCUAAACAACCAGCAUUAGUCCCUGUCUUCUCUAUCUGUUUUUAUAACAUUGUUUUUUGCUACUUUUCCAUAAUGCUAAAGGUUUUAAAAAAUAUUAAGCUGCCUAGAAAUGCUUUUAAAUAAACCAGUAAAAGUCCAGUUCUAUCGCACUUGCAGAUGUCGUUCUGCACACACAGUAAUUUAGUUGGAUACAACUCAGUCCUAAAUUAUUCAUUUCCUUGUUUGGUGUUUCCUAGAUGCAUCUGUGGCCUUUUUCAUUUUGGGGGGAAAAAUAUUAGUGUGUAUAUUUUAAAAUGGCACUGGUGGAAUUUUAAGUAAUAACAAGAAGGAGCACAAUAGCUUGACAGAAAAUACACAUGGAUUGCUUGUUGGUUUUGUGAAUCACAGCAUUUCGGGGGCUCAGACUAAAGUAUGGAUGUGUCCUUAAACCUUCUAAAAGUUAAUAAGGAAUAUAAAGGUGCAGGGUGCUCCGUCUUGUACUCUUUAAUGCUUUCUCAUGCAGAUCUGUAUUUGAUCACUGUGAGAGACUAAAUACAGACGAAGAUCAUAUUUUAGUUCAGUGAUGGGAAUCUUGUAUCUUUCCACUUGUUGCUGAACUACAUUUUUCAUCACAACUGCUCUAUUGUUAUACUAUCUGUAAAUGACAGGAACAGGAGUGCAAUAACAUCUGGAGAACCCCAACCCAUUUUAGCCUAGUAUUUUAAGGCUAAUUCUAUACUAUUCCUUGUUUAUUGCUGCUUCUAACUUUUACAUUCUCUUGUUUUUAUUUCAUUAGCUAAUCAGUAUUGGAUCUUCUUAUAACUAUGGAAAUGAAGACCAAGCAGAAUUUCUAUGUGUUGUGUCCAGAGAGCUCAAUAACUCUACCAAUGGCAUAGUGAUAGAGCCUAGUGAGAAAGCAAAGGUGAGGAACCUGCUUGCGAUUGAAUUCCUUGAGGAUCACAUUAAUGUUUCUUAAUACAGAAUGGAAUAAAUACAGAAGGCAGCUUGCUUUUGAUGUUGCAAGGUGUAUAGUUCCUGUUAGUCAGAGUUUUGUCAAUAAUAAUAAUAAUGAUGAUGAUGAUAAUAAUAAUAAUAAUUUGUAUACUACCCUGUACCUGUAGAUCUCAGGGUGGUUCACAACAUAAAAGUCUAAGAUAAAUGCAAUACCCUACAAUUAGAAAUUGUGGAAGUAUAACAAUAAGCCACUGAAAUGAGGGAGGCAAGGGUGGUGGUAGAUAAUUCCUAGUUUAUUGGUCAGUUAAUUCUGAAAAUAUCUGGUAAAGAAGCUGUCAAGCUUUCAGUAUGUUCUCCUAAUGGUAAUCUUUAGAAACAGUUCCUCUCCCUGCUUCCAUCUUCCGUAAAGUUUCUGAAAGAGUCUCUGGGAGCUUUUAAUCUUUCAGUGCAAUGUCUGCUAAGAAGUAAAUCUUGUUGGUAUCAGUGGGGUUACUCCAGAUAAGUAUGUAUAGGAUUGCAGGUUCAGAGAGUCUGGUCUUCUCUUUAGCACUGUCACCACUGCAAAUUUGCACAGGACAUGUCUCCCAUGCGUAAUGUAGUGCUGCAUAAAGGAGUUGGCAAGGACCAUGUUAACAUUUCUGAAUAUAUUUGUGCUAUAGGGUUGUAUCUAAUGGUGCCUAUUUGACAAUAAGGCUUCCGUCCAUGAAACAGGGAGGGGAGUAAUUUUCAGUAGUUCCUCCUUCCACCCAUAGCCCUCUAAGCACAUAAUCUACAUCUGCUCAAGAGGGUUGGAGGACCCUCUAGAAUAUUGUGGGUGUUUUUUGGUGGUGGUGGGGGCAAUAAGGAGACUGCAGAGGUAUUGCUGAAAGUGGCUUCUCUCCCCAUUCCAUUGAUGGAACCUUUGCUGUCAGCUAACAGACACCAUUGGAUUCAACCUGUAGCCUCUGUCACUAAAUCUUACAUUGAUCUGAAAAAUGAAGGGAGAUCGAGAGAAGCUGUGGGUUAAGAUAAGGGAUGGAUUAUAGCUCAGUCCCAGGUUCAAUCCCCAGCCCUUCCAGGUAGGGCUGGGAGAGAAUCGUGCCUGAAACUGGCAAGUUGCUGCCAGUCAGUGUAGGCAGCACAGAGCUAAUGGACCAGCUGUUGUUAUAUGGCAGCUUUCUGUGUGACUGCAUCCACAAAUAUUCACAAGCCACACAAUGCUGUAGUGUUAGAACAACUUGAAAGCUGAUAUAGUCCAACUAUUCCCAGCAGUUUAAUCCAUGAAACAGAAGCUUAAAACUGAUGAUGAAAUCUACUUAAAGUGUAGCACAAAUAGUGAGCUGGAAGGGCCAAUAUGUAUCAAUACCAAAGGUGCCUACAAAACAAAACUAUACAUGUAUUAUUAGACAGAACCAGAUGCCAAAGCACAGCCCAAGUAUGCCUCAAAAGUCAAAUAUUUUAGCCUGGAGCUAAAUAAUUCAGUUUAGCAAUAACAAAGAACCUAACCAGCUAAGGGUUUAUUUUGUAGAGUAUUUAGUUUCCUGUAGUUAAUAACGUUUUCCUAUAAUACCCUGGGUGAGAAGCCAGGUGCUAAGUACUAUGGUACAAAGUUCAGAUUUUUCCUUCUGUUUCUUUCCCCCUCUGUUGCAAUAAGUUCCAAUCAUAUAAAUUCUAGCUAACUGCUGUUGUCUUGGUGCUUCUCUCCCCACAGAUUCUUCAGGAACGAGGAUCACGGAUGUAAUCUAAGCAUCUAAUACUUUAAAACUCCCAGAUGUCAAAAGGGCAAUCUAGCUGGGCAGAGCAUUUUUCCUGCAGUCCAACCUUGCUUUUGUACAGUAAUCAAAUUAACACAAAGCAAAGCUGAGCCUGUCCUGCCAGUAGAAAAUUAAUCCUGGUGAAAACCAAAGGCUCAUCCCACUCCAGUUACAGAAGAUGAAGAAAGAAGAGAAUCUUCCAGCCAGAUAGCCCCCUUUACUCCACUAACUCUGUUUCUUUUUAUUUCUGUCUUGGCACUGAUGUGAUUUAUUUUUAUUUAAUUGUGUUUUUGGCUCUCUUUAGAGAGGGCUAAAAGGGAGGGCUGCCCAGAUUCCUGGGCUCUUUUAAGAUAUCCCAGGCAUCAAUGGUCUGGACUAAUGACUGAGGAGUUUUGUUUAAUGGUGUCAUUUUUAAAGAAAUUUGUAACACGCUUUCCCAGAUCUGAUGAAAAUACAUUUGAAAGAAAAUGUCUAAACCAAGAACAUUCCUGAACCCCCCCCCCAAGCAAAAAAAAAUAAUUAUUUUUGUUUUGGAUCUGUGACUGACUCAGAUACCUGUUAGAUGGGCAAUUUUUAAUUUGGGAGUGGGUGGGGUUAUGUUUACCAUGGGGCCUUGGCUGAAGGGUUUUUCUUCAGAUAACACUAAAAUAUAAGCUCUGAACGUUUCUCGCAGUGUGGUUUGGUCAUCGCCAUUCACACAUCUUUAAAAAUAUGCUAUUUCUGCAAAUUUCAAAUCCAUUUCUACUAUCUCUUAUUCUCUUAAAUGUCAGGGGAGCGUGGCAAUGGGGCUUAUGUCCCAUUUUUUUCCUGCCAGAGCCUGGAGUAUAGUCCCUUGACUAACUUUAAAGUUGCUCUUUGAUCUGGAGGAUUUGUCCCUGCCAAGUUCAGCUUUGCCUUGUCUUGUAUUCAGCAGCAUGAAAAGACCCCCUUGUUCGUCCUGCAUUAAAAGCAGGUUUUCUUUGUACUCUUAGUUACUUUGGUAGGCUUUAACAACUCUUUAUCCAAUACAUUCAGGGACGGAGGGUCCCUUAUUUACACAUGGUGAUUCUGCACUUUCAAUCCUCCACCUCCUUUUAUUGUAUUAUCUUACCCAAAAUAACUAAGUGGUAUUGCGGGGGGUGGGGAGGGGUGGUGAUGAAAGUUGCCAAACUGUUGUGAUUUUUUUUUUCUUGUCCAAAGUGGUGUGUGAACUUCUGUAAUGUUUUUUUUUCCUUUGGAAUGCCUUGAAUGGACGUGAAAAUGUCGUGCCUCUCUUCUGAUCUUAGCCAAAUGGGACUCACUGAUCUUGUUGGUGAACUCGUGCCAUCCCUAAUCAGUGAAAUGUCCCCUCCUAGUUGUUGGUAAAUGGGAAUCCCUUAAGCAUUUGUUGCAUGGUACCUCCCCUCCAUAUCCUGGCUUUGUCCUUGGGAGUCAUCUUGACUUCUGGGCCUUUGAGAUAAGCCCCAAAACAUACCGAACCAAAGUUUCAGAAAAAUUGAAAUGCUUUGGUGUCCCUCGGCAAUAAUCAAAGCUCUCCGCUUACAAUCUGAAGACCCCUUAUAUACAAAUUGAUGUGUUUGGAAUUUUCCACCAAGGAAUUGCAUUCACUGUGUCUUCUUUAUGUUUUAUAGUGUGAGUUGAUGAGGCUUCUCGUUCUAUUUCUUCCUUAAAAGUGAAAAGGGUGGGGUAGAAGGACAGUGCGUGAAGUUUGGAUGGGGACAUUAAAGGCCUCAUCGCGGAUAAAAUGCAUGGAGUUUAAAUCAAGUUUGGCACUUAAUUCCCCGCUGCCCCACAUCCUCCAUCGUUCUUCAGUUUGUAUGUGCAUAUAUCACUGAGCUUCCCACAAUGCACCUCCAGAGAAGUUUUGGUAGGUUAAGGGUUUGAAUAACAUGUCCUAGUUCAGUCUCUAUUACAAGAAGACUGUACCAAAGGUCUUGAGGUCAGUCGGUGGCUGCUGAGACUCAACUGGCUCCAUAUUGUGUUGAAGUAAACCAACAUUCCAGUCUUGCCCUGCCCUUCCUGUUUAUAAUGUGUUGGUAUUGGCAUGAUUAGACUGUACGUCUUGGCUGGAUCUAACUAACACUGUGAUGUGUACAUAAACCCCUAUCUUGUACCUUCAGCUGUUGUCAGUGUAUGUCCACAACUGAUAAAUAAUCGGGUGUGUAUGUGCUGCGAGGAAGUAUAAGAACUGCAGAUAUAUAUUUAUAUAUAUAGCAUUCACAUAUACCCUCAUAAUCUCUCGUUCUCAGGGAGGAGGCGAGAGUGGGCAGUGGUGCUAUGAACUAGUUGAAAGAAAAACAGGCUGACAAUGCCAAGAGUAGCUGCCAUUUCCAACAUGGCCUAACCCAACUCAUUCCCCACCUUGCUGGGCACGUAGCAGUGUUAGGUUUGCUUGGAAGGAGACCUUACUGUGUAGCUUUAGUUAAUCAAAAUGAAUACCUCAUUGCUUUAUUUUAUAGUCACCAAAAAACACCAUGCAUGGGGAAGCCCCAUUAGAGGAGUGCCUGAUGUCAGGAUAACAGACUGGAUAAAUAAGACUCAUUCUGUUGCCCAUAUUGUGCCAUUGGGAAUGGCUCCAUUGGAAUCUGGAGGAAAACCAGAUUGUGAGAUGAGCCGUAACUGGCUUGAUGCAAUGCAUUACAGCGGGAUUGCAGUUAAACUUCUCUGAGAAGCAGUGUUUCUGCCUAAUAAAUGGGGUAGUCCUAUCCUAUAUACUCCACUUGCUGCUGACAACUAGUGAGAGUUUUUCAGUGGAUUUUAAGUUCUUCACUGGAACACAAUUGCCUUCUCCCUACCUUUCCUUGUUAAGUAUUCUCAACUAAAGUAAUCAAAUUUGUUGGGACCCUCCCUGGAGUGGUGAGCUGUUUAGCUGGAGAUAGAAACAGUAUUAGAGAUUGGAAAAGCUAUUGGCUUUCCUAGUAUAAGGGCUUGAUAUCCAGCUACGGCAAGACACCAUUCUAGCUCAUCCAUUUGUGAUAUUCUUUCCCCACAAAGACAGGUCACUUCCAGGCCCUGUUAAUCUCAAGAACUGGCUUCCAUGUUCUGCACCAGUUUUAUCUCUGCCUUUAUUAGCAACAGGGCUUUUCCUUCCAUUUGCCUUUAUCUCUGUCCAAACAUUAUCUCCUAAACUAAAAAGCUGGAAAAUAAGUAAGAACCCUGUAUCCCCUGCAGAAGGCAGUAAAUGAAAAGAGAGGAGCAAAUGAUAGGAUGGGUAUUUAUCUGGGUGAUUUGCAUCUCUUGAGGAGGUUUCCUUUAAAAUAUUAGCUAGCCCCUGGGGACCAGUAGCAGGUCCAGUUUCCCAGUGGCCAAUUAUUCCGUUACAGCAAGGUUGGAGCUAACCUCUUAAAAGUGUCUUUGUUUCUGCACAUUUUUAAUCAAUUUUUCUCAGGGGUGACUGAGUGGUCCGAGGGGAGGGGGGUUUUCCACAAGGGGGUGGGGGUUGGCUCCUCGGACCUCCGCAGCUGGGCCGUGGGCUCCUCACCCUCAGGUUUUGCCUGCAAACCUUGAGGUUUUGUACAGUUCGUCACAUGUCAGUGCCCUUUGCUACUGUUUCUCUUUGUUUAUUAAAUGUGUUUGAAUAAUAAUGGAGAUGCUGUGAUUUUUUUUUUCCAAUAAAGAUUCUGACAUGACUUGAG